GUGAUUUUAAAAAAGGUGUCGUUAACAAUUCAUAUGCUUGUUUAUUUAAGUCAAAGCUCAGGAGCCUUUCCUCACAAACCAGCCUGUUUGUGUGUUUUAUUACCAUUGUGGUUCUUCCUUCCUCRAUGAUAAUACAUUUUUUCCCCAUUUUCAAUAUUAGUUUUCUGUCAAAUUUGAAUCACAACUUCUUAGAAAUCUAAAUAAAAGAAAAGUUAACAUGUCAGCGUUAAAUGGAGUCUAUUUGGUAGAACAGAGUUAGCARUUUUGUGAAAUUACAGACUAAAUUUWAAUCUGGCUUUUGUGAAGUUAGUUUUUGGUUUUAUAUAAUGAUGGACAAUAAAACGACACAUUGYAGACAGAGUACCGGAGUGAUAAAAUCGGCUAUUUUGCAACAUAAAAGAAUAAAGAAUAUUUAACAAUAAACUAUGAUGCUAUGACAUAAAACUAACAACAGAAAAUGCAAAUUAGUUCAUUUACAUGAGAAGUUCCAGUCUUUCUAAACGGGGGYGUUGAGAAUCUGUAAUCAYUUUUAACAGAUUUAAAAACCUUUAAAUGUGCAUCACCCUGUAUUCCUGGAUAAUUUCACUGAAAAUUCAAGUCAUUUUAAGGCCUUUAAACACACUGAUUUGMAAAUACAUGGAACUGAAAUAUGUUGAUGCAAUUUGUAACAUCUUAAAAGUUUGACAAAACCAGAUCACAAAAUUAAAAACUAUGUAAGUAGGAAUGAAACRAAAAAGAAGUUGCAUUUAGUUAGAAUGAAAUGAAAAGAAGCCUGUAAGAUAGAGCCGGGACAAUGAGCCUUGAUAAAKGAGUGUAUUUGUGAUGUCAGAACAUGUGCCGUAAUUAGAAAAUCUGAGUAAGAGAUUUGACCGAGAUGUUUUGGAAACRUAUAACGGAUCAAAACUGAGGGCUUAAACUUUUGCAAAGCAUGAAGAUGCAGCACUAAAUGGUAAACUAUGAACACAAACCGUUUCGAACACUAGAUGGCRGAAAAAGUUACUUCCUGUUGACUGUCUUAAAAAAAAAAGAAAAAAGACAGGUUUAGAAAAUGACAUUAGUCAAAGCCUCUGACCAGCACUGAGAAAACCUCAUCCAUUAAUGACAUGCAGGAGACGCUGUGUGAGUCCGGUGGUGAGAGGUGCAACGGAGGUGCUGCAGUUCUUAUUUUAAACAGCAGACGGCGCUGCAUUCAACAACUGAUGGAAAAAGCGUCKAUUGAGGGCAUGCAGCAUUUCUAAUGCUAUUCUAACUCUUUAAAGAGAAGUAUAUACGAUUUGUUACAACAGGUAGUUUUGCGCCUGCGUAUUUCAGCUUYCCUUGCUGCAUUUUAUUUAGUGUAUUUUAGGAAAACAAAACAAAAAAAUAUUUUAGAAAAUUGGCUAAAUCUAUGGCAAAAGAAAAGAAAAAAUUGCUUAGGUUCCACAGAAAACAUGGCAAGUACUGAAUGGAUGUGGGUCUACUGUAUGUAGAUUUUGGAGGAAAAUUUACAUACAGUUCUUCUCAUCACUUUUAUUAUCACAAUAGUACCACAACAUAUUGUGAUAAAACUUUAAGUCAUUUUGCCCACUCCUACAUGCAGAACCUAGUGAGAUGGGAGUUUGUUCUCCACUGCAAAAAACAUGCAUUUACAACUCAUAGUCCUUACUAGCUGUAUAUCAAUCAAUKUACUUGUAUUUCUGUUACAAACAACUGAUACUAAUGUUUAUUUCUACUGCCACUGAAAGCAGCCGGGUACCACCGGUGGUACUUGUUCUCAGUUUGAGAACAAGCGGGUUCCUGCACAAGCUAGGCACGUUUUGAGCCAGUAAAAUCCCUCUGGAUCAAAGUUUCAGGGUAAUGAAUCCUGCUGAACGUAUUGAUGGAUGUGAAUUACACCAGAAGGUGGGUGAGCGCUUUGGUUUCAAAGAACAGGAGAAUUUAAACCUUGUCCAUCAAUAUUUUGGUGACCUAAGCYGUAUUACUCCAUAAACAUGUGUUUACCACAAUAAAUCCAAGAUUGUUACAACAUUGGAUGUGAGGAAACCAUCAAAGCCCAAUUACUGGGYGACUAUUAGUUCUCUGUUGAGAACAAAUAAUUGGGCUAUGCCAAGGAUGUAGGAUGGGCAAGAACACGGUGUUAGGAUCUCCUUCGCAUCGCCGAAGGCUGCAAGUGGGACCAGAUCCAAGCAGCUGGUUGGUGCUUUUCAUGUCCCAGCUGUUAAACUGGGAGUUUUCCUUCGGCCCAGUUACACUCUGGCAUCACGGCUAUAAUUGAGGGUCUUGUUCAUUUAAAACUUGAGCCGUCAUUAAACUCAAUCCACAAAGCAUUUAAUUACUGACUUUCCUGGCAGACUGUUGCAACACUCCACAGGCAUCUCACAACAUUACGACGUAAAACAAAUCCAGCACAAUUGGUGGCCUUGGUAUCCUGACUGAUGUUGAAAAAACAGCCUCUAAAAGAUGUUACUGUGCUACUAAUCCCGAGCAAAUCUCCACUUGGUUCUAAUUUACGUUGUGUGUCAUCUCUCAACCUUGUAGCCAAAGCAGAAGACAAAACCAGAGCAGCUUUCAGAAGCUCUAACUCAAUAGAUAUGACAGAUUAAGGAUGCCUUCACACAUCCCCAUUUAGUCCGCUUUAAUAAAACUGAUUCGUUUGGGGAGGAGUGAAUGCGUAAUCGAACUCUGAUGCAGACCAAAAAAAGCCAAGCGGACCAGAGGCCGCUACAAAAGCUGGAAGUGGACUACAAUGCAAGGCAUUCUGGGUAAAAACAACCAAAUCAAACAUGCCAGUUUAGCCCAACAGAAGAAAUGGCUCAUGGCCUCUUACUAAAAUCUGAUGCCACUCCAUUUUUGUUUACAUUUUGUGAAGAAGGAAGUUGUGCUCAUGUCUCGUUCAGAGGUUUUCAGGUCGUUUCCUUCAGUAGUUCUUGAUGCAGCGCCGCCACAGGUGAGGAGCAGAACAUGUUUUUCAAAGGUUUGGAUUGUUUGACACUGUUAAGGUGAUUAGCCUUAACAGGCUAUUCAGCUGAAAAUGUAGCAAACGUUGCAAUUUUGGUUCCCCAAUCGAACCGAUUGUACCAGACUAACAAGUGUGAAAACUACCUUGGAUUUUAUGUUAUCCUGAAAGCUUGGUCCUAAAUAAAGUUUAUUCUACCAGAAGGUGUAACAACAAGUUUAAACAUGUAUUUAUCAGUUUGUCACCAUCUGUCUUGCCCUCAGGCUGUGAGCAGGCCAACACUAAAGCAAGAGAGCAUAAAAAGGAGCUCAGUGGAACCUGUCCAGCCAACAUCAGCUCAAUAAAAGAGGAGACCCCGCUACUGCUCUGAACUGUGACAGCCCCCUGAAAGGAGGGGAAGCCACAUUUGUUGAACACAAAGAUCUUGCUGUUUGGUGCAAAGGGUGCUCUAUCUGCAGCCGAGGACAGGAUGUUAGGAGAAACCAAGAGAGUUUUAUAAACAGAGACGAUGCUGAGCAAGGACAGCCGGGGUUGGUUAAAAAACAAACUCCUAUGAAACUUUUACUUUAAUUAUUUUUUUCAACAAUGAGAAAGAGAUUGAAUUUGAAGAUAAUUUAUUUUAAUCCACACAAAACUGAGUCUGGAUCAUCCUUAGAUACAUUUUCCAGAAGUCUCAAGGAGAAAUGUUCGUCUGUUUAAACAUUUAGGUACAACUCAAGAUGCUUUGGAAAUGCUUACAAUUGCCUAUUAUAAUAGUUCAAACAUAAAAUAUACCUUGAUAUGCAUCAAUCUCCAGUUUUCAGUGUCUUCACUCCUGGUGUUACAGCCAAUCAGCGCCAGGGAACAUGAAUGGCGCCCUAGGACUGGCUGAUUUGCAAACUUCAGCCAUUAGCGUGUCAAAUAGCAUUACAUUGAGUUGUUCCAGCUUCCCAAACUGAAUUUUCUUUUGAAUAUUUCAUAUAUGGUUGGGGGAAAAAAAUCUGCAAAUACCAAAACUGGUGUUCAACUAUACUCUGGCACUGAGCAAAUGAAARUUAUUUCAGUAACUCUCACUGACCUAAAACAGGAAUCGUCGACUGUGGAGGAGAAAAAUGGUUUCGUGUCUCUUUACAUGGUUUUUGUAAAUAUUUGGUUUCUAUUGUGAUUGUUUUUAAAUCAUCAAGUGAAGUUAUAAAUCUUUAGGCUUUUCCUGGAUAUGACAAACCCUGGUCAGAGUUCGCAUGAUGAAAUGAGGAAAGCAAUGAGUGGAAUGUGGAACUGCUGAGCAGAUUUCAACACAUAAAGCGAGCGUGCUGCAAGCAGGCACUUGCCACCGUGUGCGUGCGCGAAGGCGUGCGUGUGUGGCCUGUGUGCGUCUUUAAUCCUUUGUAAAGGCUGGCUUUGACUGGCCCAGAAAUCGGAUGUUUUCUCAUUCGAGCUUUUCCCAGACACACCUCUUUCCUCCUACUCCUUUUUUCUAUUCUCUCUUCUUAUUUUGCCCAUCUAUUGCUCUGUCUGGCCCCCAUAAUUUAUUUUGCAUUUGUCUGUAACUACGUUGCCUUGGGAGGAUUUCUUUUUUUUUAAACAGUUUAGACAAAAAGACGAAAGCUUCGGUUUCGAACCCUCCCUCCCCUCCUCUUUCCCUGUAAUAUUCAGACACAAUUGCUCGCAGCCUUGGGGCGGAAUAGUUAAGAAGGUAUGUGAAGUAAGUCUUUUUUAGGACUUUGAAUGAACCAAAAGGAGAAAGAACGACGUGAGAGGGGGAAGGGUGGAGGACAAAGAUGGAGCUAGAUGAAGUGUGAGAGGGAGAAAAGCCUCUGAGCUGCAGGUGUGGGAGCAAAUUGAGUUAAACCGACCGUGCUUAUGGAGCUGGGAGAAUAAGAUGCAUGUAGAAAUGAAGCAACGCAAACACUCUGAUAGUGUUUUGAAAUAGCAUUUUUGGAGGCUGACAAACCGCUUGUCUGGUAAAUUUAAAUCUGAUUUCUGCUGCCUCUACAUAACCUGCAAUUUCAGAGGGAAUAAAAAAGAAAGGGGCAGUAUAAUCAGCUGAAGUGCACAGAUCUCAUGCCUCUCUGAUCCUUCAUCCCGCCCACUGCACACAAGUCUCCCAUUCUUGUAUUUUUUCCUCAUUCACUCCAGCGAGACGCCUGAGAGGAGGACGCUUUCACUUUGUUAGCCAACACCAAAAGCUGGACUACUUUGGGGGGGAAAAAAUCUCAAUCUAGGAACAGGAUUUGAAUUGAGUUUAUUCUGUUUUAUCUUCCUCCUCUUUGAUGCAUUUCUAAAAAUUAGACGGAAAAGUUGUGACAGCUUUAGAAAGAAGACAGAGAGAGAGAGAGAGAGAUUUGCCCUGAAGGCUUUGAAAGAAGAAACAGGAGCCAGAUAAAAAAGGGGCAGCGAUAAUCUGCACAGCUGCUGCGUGGAGAGAAGGAGACACAGACAGAUAAAGAAAGCAAGAGAGGCGAACAAGUGCGAAGGACGAGGAGAGGAGACAGUCGAGGACGACCGUUCACGUUGAAGGCCACGGCAGAUAUAAAUACAAAGUGAAGACAAAACCCAGAGGGACACCUGUCGUCAAAUUAGCAGCAAUGGAGACGCGUUGGGAUGAGACGAGAAAGCUGGACUGAGGGGAAACGUUAAACACGCCGGGCUCGAGCGAAGUAAGACGAAAAGGUUUCUUCAUCAUGAUUUCUUCAGGUGGCGUCCCAAAAUCCAACGACCUGCACGGGAGGAGCAACUUCGUCCCAGGAUAGAAUGAGAAGAGGAGCCUGAUCUGUCAGAACCGUCCUGCUUUCGCAUUAACUUCACCAACUCCCCCCACCCCCUGCUCUCCAUCCCCUCACUAUGUGGAUACCAGCUGUGCUCCUAUGGAUGCUUUACUUCAGCUGUCUGUGCUCAGGUCAAGACUACAGGGACUAUUACCCAACCGGAGACACGGGCACCGAGGCUCCAACCCAGUCAGAUGACCAGUCCAGUUUGGAGACGGUGACCAGCAUGGACCAGCUGCUGCAGCUCUUCUACCCUGAAUACAGCUUGAUCCAGCAGUGCAUGAGGAAAAGAUCCUGGCACGCCUCCUCUUCCUCAUCUUCCUUCCCUUCCUCGUCUUUUUCAACCUCUUCGGUGAGCCCUUUGGUCCGCUCCGACGAUGACGUGUGGGUUCCGAUGCGGGAGGAACCCGUCUACAGAGUGGACGGAACGCUAGCCGUCAUUCUGGAAGAGAUCCAGCGUACGUCAUGCCAGCCGAGAGAGGUGUGUGUUGAGGUGGCCAAGGAGUACCCAGAAUCCACCAGUCAGCUGUACCUCCCUCGCUGUGUGGCGCUGCAUCGCUGCGGUGGUUGCUGCGGGAACGAGGCUUUUUACUGCACCAACACAAGCUACAGUCUCGUCAAUAAAACUCUGAUGGAGCUGUCUCCGCCCAGGAUGGAUCGCUCAGUUGCCAUGGUAACAUUCGUCAACCACACCUCGUGUGAAUGCCUCUCCAAGCGGCCGCUUCACUCCAUCAUAAGGCGAGCGGCAACAGAUCAUCUGUGCUCCCCUCCUGAAGUCCCCUGCGCCUCCGGAUCAUUAUGGGAUCCAGUGAACUGCGUGUGUGUCUCUGCGGACACCAUCGGCUACACUCAGAAACAAACAGAGGCACUGGACUCGGGUCUGCUGGCUCUCUGCGGGCCCAACAGGGUUCUGGAAGAAUCCACCUGCGAGUGCGUCUGUCAGAACGGACUGACAGAAGCCAGCUGCUAUCCAGGCUGGAAACUGGACCAGAACACCUGUGAGUGCCAGUGCGAAGGCCAAGGCGAGGGGAAACUGUGUCCCGCUGGGCAGCGGUGGGAUGACGAGCUGUGCGGUUGUGUGUGCGCGGUGGAGUGUCCCAGGAAUCAUCCCCUAAAUCCCGACACGUGUCUGUGUCAGUGCAGAGAGAGUCCCCAGACGUGUCUACGGCAGGGCAAGAGGUUCAACCCGAACACCUGCAGUUGUUACAGGCUUUCCUGCAGAAACCCCAGACGAGAUUGCCAGGACGGAUUUUACUACAGCAGCCAGGUCUGUCAGUGCAUCCCCAAGUACAUGAAGUGGAAUUACCAGACGAGAAAGUGAGGAAGAGGGAUUUAUCCCGCUUACAUCGGAAACUUUUGCCCCCGAGUGACUCCACGCACAGGAGCUGGAAGUGGAUCUACGUAUAGAGACAUGCAGCGCUUGUGGGGGGUUUAAGCCGCCUGUGCCGAGUCACUUUUCAAGUGAACCAUCUCAAAUCGUGUUCAUAAACUUCCCCAGAAAAAAGAGAAGGGCAAARAAAGCCACGUUUAUCCAAUAACUCUUCAAAAAAGAGGCAAUAAGGACAGAUAUUUGAUUCCUUCCACAUCUGGAAAGCCCCUUGAGUUUGACUGUAAAYGCACAGCAACAAGGUGGGAUGGACCAGACCGACCAACGUGUUGCAGCAAGAAUGCCAACCACCAACCUGCUGAGGAGCUGCAGCUCAUGCCUGUGUGAAAUGGAAUGUGAAUAAGAUAAUAACAGACCCGACUGCAUGCUUUGUUUUUCCUCCUUUUUUUCCCAAAAUAAAUGUGGGAAAGAAAAAUCUUAAAGGCAAAUUUCCAUAUUGGCUGGAAGGAAAGUCUUGUAGAGCGGAUCUCUAAAGUGUACACACCCUCUGUUAUAAUGCCAGGUUAAAUCAGACCAAUGUGAAUCACUUUCAAGAUGUAGGAUACAGAUAGGCUCAAACCAAAGACUGAAUGCUUGAGUAGAAAAUUUUAAAAAAUGUUAAAUACACACAUUUUUUAAAAAAAAAGUAAAUUUUUACUCUUGUAACUGAAGCUUACAGCAAACGCAAAUAAUUUUUGUAAYUCUAACCCAAAACGAGUGAAGUUAUAAUUUUACUUCAGAGAGUGAGAAAGAAAAAGUUUAUUUUUAUUCAGUGUAUGUAAACUUCUGGUUUCAGCUGUACAUGUUUUAAAAUGAUUUCAUCAACUUUUUAUAUGCUGUCAUCCCAUGUAACUGUCAUUUUAACCAGGGUAUGUACACUAUUUUUUGAUUCCUUACGUUUCGAUGAGGUAAAUCGCUUGAUGCAUUUCUACAUCCAGUCACAACCUGACAGUUCUGGGUCUGCUUCUAAUUUAUCUGUUCCCGCUCCGAGUAAUUUUAUUUUUAUAUAUUUAAACUUUUUAUAUUUAAAGAGAGAGAAAGAGAGAGAAAAAAAAUACUAGUGAAAUUUUGAAGAUGGAUUUGUGAGUAGCUGUACAUAACUGUAUUUAAAUCACGAUAACUAGAGAGCAAUUAUAUUAUUUUAAAGUGAAGCAAGCCGCAUUGUUUUGCAACAAGUUUUUUUKGGAAACAUUCGGAAUGAUGACUGCUGCUUAUUCAUCUGAUUCACCGAAAUAUAGUGUUAUUUAAAUCUGUUUUUAUGGUAAAUGCUGGGUGGAAAGAGCAACUGUAGUGUAGCUAGGAUUGUAAUCAGUGGCGGUUCUUGAGUGAAAGGCAUCCCGCCUUCAACCAAUCAAAAUGCAUGAAAUAAUCCGCGAUUCUUGGAGGGGAUAACAUGCAGUCUAGUUCCUAUUCUCAUUACUUUUAGCAUUAAAAAUAAAAGCACUGGAUUUUGAUCAAGAUGCAAAAAUUGYGCAUUUCUCAUCUGGUUCUUUUUGGGGCCCCUUCUGUAACGCCGCCCUGGGAAACUGCCCAUAUYUGGUUGUAGUUCAUGUGCUCUGGGGCUGUAGAAGAAUAUAUCUUUACUUCAAUAAGUAUUGAUUAAAGGCUCUGUCUGACUGA